CCCAGAAUUCCUUCGAACCGGAAAAGUAACUAGCUCGUGAGCGUUAAUGAAGCGACGCUGCUAGGUAGCAACUUCAGGCAGGCGUUUGCACAGCAGGACUUCUGCUAGAGUUCCAGUUCAUUGCGACCUGCCCGCUUGAAAACUGCCGGUGUGAUUGGUUGUUCCCUUAACCUGCAACAAUGCCAGCCGCACUUGCAGAUACAAGUCAAAUUAUCUGCGAGGUCUGGGCCAGCAAUGUGGAAGAGGAGAUGAGGAAAAUAAGACAGAUUAUUCAGAAUUAUAACUACAUUGCCAUGGACACAGAGUUCCCUGGAGUGGUGGUUCGACCCAUUGGAGAAUUCCGCAGCACUGUCGACUACCAAUAUCAGCUUCUGCGGUGCAACGUGGAUUUACUAAAAAUCAUUCAGCUGGGUCUAACCUUCAUGAAUGAAGACGGUGAUUAUCCACCCGGAACUACAACAUGGCAGUUCAACUUCAAAUUCAACUUAACGGAAGACAUGUACUCCCAGGACUCAAUAGACCUUCUUCAGAACUCAGGUCUUCAGUUUAAGAAGCAUGAAGAAGAGGGAAUAGAUACACUGUACUUUGCUGAGCUCCUCAUGACUUCAGGCUUGGUGCUAUGUGAAAAUGUCAAGUGGCUCUCCUUUCAUAGUGGGUAUGAUUUUGGCUACUUGGUAAAGCUGUUAACAGAUGCUCGCCUGCCAGAAGAGGAACAUGAGUUCUUUCAGAUCCUGAACCUCUUCUUCCCUGCCAUCUAUGAUGUCAAAUAUCUCAUGAAGAGCUGCAAAAAUUUAAAGGGGGGACUUCAAGAGGUUGCAGACCAGCUGGAACUAAAAAGGAUUGGCAGACAGCAUCAGGCUGGGUCAGACUCACUGCUGACUGGAAUGGCUUUCUUUAGGAUGAAGGAGCUGUUCUUUGAAGACAACAUAGAUGAUGCUAAAUAUUGUGGGCGACUGUAUGGCCUGGGAUCUGGUUCUUCCCAGAGUCAGAAUGGAAUCUCCAGCUCCUCGCAAGAGGAAACCAACAACAAGCACUGACAGCUGAGGCCACACCUGAGUGGAUGAUGCCCUUGUUUUUAUCCCAUCCAGCAGACAUUGUUCUUUCCCCCUCCCCUUUCCUCAGCAAGAAACAAAAUUCAAUGGUUUUGUUGUAAAGGGAUAUUGGAGAGGUCUACCAAACCCAGUUCUACUGUAACAGCUAAUCCUAUUCCUAUACCUAAAAGUAUUUCAAAUAUCCUCUGUAGUGGUGUUAUCCAAGCACCCAAUGCUUCAGGACAUUUUAUCAUUUGUUUUACAGCAUUAAACAACAGAAAAUAUUUUUUAAGCACGGGACCAGCACUUGUGUAUCUCACUGCUAACAAGAUUCAAGGCAUUUUAAUAUGCUCACCAGCAGUUUGGCAGAAUCCUGUUUAGGAGUGUUGUAUUUUUUUUCUCUCCAUAUUUUCUAAAAAGGCUUGAAAAUAUCCAGUGUCGUAAAGGUGUAGUAGACACAUCUGUUCAAUGUUGGAAACACACACAUGCCUGUAGGGAUUGUAAAAUUUUUAAUUAUGACUAAAAGUGUGUGUAUUAAAAUGUAAAUUUUCAAAGGAGCCAAUAUCUUAGCUUUUUUCCUGAAAGGAAUGAAAGUUUUAGAUCUGGAUUUGUGAUACUUUUGAGACUGGAUUGCAGGGAUACACUGGUUCUGUACAAGUUCUUUUACUUUGUCCUCCAUGGAAAACAUGUUUGUGGUACAUAUUGUUUUUAUUCCAUCCGUUGUUUGAAACCAUUGUUUAUUAAAAUGUUUUCUAUCAACAGUAA